GUGAGGAAGAUUUCUGCAUAAGAAAAUAUGAAACCCUUGUCUCUGUUAAUAGAGAUAAUGAUCAUUCUUGGGGCCACAGUUAAAAAUGUUGAAGCAGAAAAACAUAAUGAAAAGCAAAAUGAAAGGAAUGUCACCACACAGGAAUCUGUGAACGAAAUGAAGCAAUCUCUAUCACAUACACUGGAACGAAGAAAACCAAAUAAAGCAAUAAACAAAAGAGAAAAUCUCUUAGAAAGAAAGAGUCUACAGACACUCAGAAUAAAAGGAAUUCAAAAAGAUCUCUCAAAAGCAAAGAAAAAUAACUUAAAUAAACAAGCACAGAGAAAUUUUACAGAUGAAGGAGAACAGUUAUAUCAAAUGGGCAUCAAGAUUCUCAAACAAUCUAAAAGCAAAAAACAAAAAGCCAGAGCCUACAUAUUCUUUGCCAAAGCAGCUGACAUGGGAAACUUGAAUGCUAUGGAGAAAAUGGCUGAUGCUUUGCUAUUUGGAAAUUUUGGCAUGCAAAACAUAACUGCAGCUAUCCAAUUAUAUGAGUCCUUGGCUAACGAAGGGUCAUACAAAGCACAAAACGCAUUAGGAUUUUUGUCUUCUUAUGGAAUAGGAAUGGAAUAUGAUCAAGCCAAGGCACUAAUAUACUACACUUUUGGAAGUGCUGGAGGAAGCAUGAUGUCUCAAAUGAUUUUGGGUUACAGAUAUUUGUCAGGAAUCAAUGUUCUACAGAAUUGUGAAGUUGCCUUAAAUCAUUACAAGAAAGUGGCAGAUUAUAUUGCUGACAAAUUGGAGAAAAGUGAAGGUAUCCCUGUGGAAAAAGUGAGACUAACUGAAAGACCUGAAAAUCUGAGCUCUAACAGUGAAAUUUUGGAUUGGGACAUAUACCAAUACUACAAAUUUUUGGCAGAAAGAGGAGAUAUUCAGAUACAAGUAUCUCUUGGACAGUUACAUCUAAUUGGAAGGAAAGGUCUUGAUCAAGAUUACUAUAAAGCACUAUACUACUUCUUAAAGGCAGCAAAGGCUGGGAGUGCAAAUGCCAUGGCAUUUAUAGGAAAGAUGUAUUUGGAGGGUAAUGUGGCAGCACCACAAAACAACAUUACUGCUUUCAAAUACUUUUCCAUGGCAGCCAGUAAGGGCAAUGCAAUUGGUCUUCAUGGGCUUGGUCUUGUGUACUUUUAUGGGAAAGGCGUUCCAGUGAAUUAUGCUGAAGCACUUAAAUACUUUCAGAAAGCUGCAGAGAAAGGAUGGCCCAAUGCACAGUUUCAUCUAGGAUACAUGUACUACUCUGGAUCUGGAGUAUGGAAGGAUUAUAAACUUGCCUUCAAAUAUUUUUAUCUGGCAUCUCAGAGUGGGCAGCCCCUUGCCAUUUAUUACCUGGCUGAGAUGUAUGCAACAGGAAAAGGAGUGUUAAGAUCUUGUAGAACUGCGGUGGAGCUUUAUAAAGGUGUCUGUGAACUAGGUCACUGGGCUGAGAAAUUCCUGACAGCAUACUUUGCCUAUAAGGAUGGCGAUAUAGAUUCUUCUCUUGUUCAGUAUGCACUACUUGCAGAAAUGGGGUAUGAAGUAGCUCAAAGCAAUUCAGCAUUCAUUUUGGAAUCUAGAAAGGCUAAUAUUCUUAAAAAGGAGAAGAUGUAUCCAAUGGCACUUCUCCUAUGGAAUCGAGCUGCCAUUCAAGGCAAUGCAUAUGCUAGAGUGAAAAUUGGAGAUUACCAUUACUAUGGCUAUGGAACUAAGAAAGACUAUCAAACAGCAGCGACACACUACAGCGUUGCAGUUGAUAAAUACCACAGUGCACAAGCUAUGUUCAAUCUGGCAUACAUGUAUGAGCACGGUUUAGGUAUUGCAAAGGACAUUCACUUGGCCAGGAGAUUAUAUGAUAUGGCAGCUCAAACAAGUCCAGAUGCUCACAUACCUGUGUUCUUUGCUCUCAUGAAACUGGAAACUGUUCAUUUGCUCCAAGAUAUCCUGUUUUUUAAUCAGUUUACAAAACAAUGGAAGUGGAUAAAACUGGAUAAUACCGUUGGACCAUAUUGGGAUAUAUUUGUGAUUGGCCUAAUUGUUGCUGUCCUGAUCUUCCUGUUUAGACAUCGCUAUGGGUAGGAUCUGAAUCAUAGGAAAAAUCUGUGUAGGGGAGCCAGUUUACACCAAGGUAUCCAUGCUAAAUAAAGAAUUUCCUCA